UUUUUCUUUUUUUCCCUUUUUCCCACCAAAUAUGUCCAUCAAUAGAAUGGCAAAAUUAGCCCCUCAAACAACUGCCUUGUUCGUUUGUGAUAUACAAGAACGCUUCAAGGGUCUUAUUUGGCAGUAUCCUUCUGUUAUUACUGUUGCUGGAAAGAUGAUCAAGGCUAGUAAGCUUUUAAACAUCCCAAUUGUAGUGACUGAACAGUAUCCCAAAGCAUUUGGUCCCACUGUCUCUGAACUCGAUAUUUCGGACGCGACUUUGUGUGUUGAAAAGACCAAAUUCAGCAUGUACGUUCCUGAAGUAAUUGAUGUAUUGAAAAAGAACAGCACGAAAUCAGUCCUAUUGCUUGGUAUUGAGAGCCAUGUUUGUGUGCUUCAAACGGCACUUGAACUUCUUGAGAAUGACUAUGAUGUUCAUGUUCUCGCAGAUGCUGUUUCCUCUCAAAAUCAUCCCGAAAUUGACAUUGCUAUUGCUCGCAUGAGAUCUGCUGGCGCUGUUAUUACUACCUCGGAAUCUGUUCUUUUCCAAUUGGUUAAGGAUGCCAAGCAUGAAAAAUUCAAAGGGAUUAGUGGCCUUGUCAAGGAAUACAUGGAGGCUAGUCGAGUCAACAAGAUUUUGUUAAGAAACUCUGGUGCCAACUUAUAACGAAAUA